AUGGACGUGGUUCAAUCAGCCUCCACGGAAAUCACAAUUACUAAGAAACCCUUCAAGAAAAUACCCAGUGUCCUUCUGGACAGCCUAGUGGAGGAACCUAAAAAAAGACCUGCUGUUCCUAAUCACCUGCUGGAAUCAAAGAUUUUCUCAGAACUUCGGAGGAGCAACGUUGUACAGGCUGAGCCUGCUGUGUUACACUACGGAGGGUAUGAAGUUGGAAAACAUCACCAACGGAUGCUGAAGCUGAUAAAUAUUUCUGGCGAUGUAAUAAACCUUCACAUAAUACCACCCCAGACAAAGUAUUUUCAGAUCAAAUACAACAAAACACACCGGCUUGUCCCUGGCUUGUCAUACGCGGUUACUGUUGAUUUUUGCCCUGAUGAGUGGGGGUAUUACUGUGACUGCGUCCGUGUUCACUGUCAGGGAGAAGAUACACUAGUCAUUCCUGUGCAUGCUUACCCUGUUGUCAAUGUUGUAGACUUUCCAUCAUUUAUAAAUCUGUCUGAUGUAUCAGUUGGUAAGAGUAAGGAGUAUGUUAUCCCGUUGCAGUGCAGCUGUCCAAUAGAUUUUGAAUUCCACAUUGAUUUUAUUCAGCCUCACAGAGCCUUCACUGUCCAGCCAACAUUUGGAAUCAUUCCAGGCAAUGGGAAAGUGGAAGUAACUGUGAAAUAUUCCCCACUUGAGUAUGGAACAGCACGAAUGACAAUGCAGUUAUGGAUUUCACAGUUUCACUCAAAACCCUAUGUAUGUGUGUUCACAGGAACAUCAAGACCACAUCUGGGUCUAACAAAAGAACAUUUUGACAAACAACAAAGUCAUCCAGAGAAAAGAGCUGGGUCUGCAGGAAAAUCCAUGGUGUGGAGAAGAGACCAAUUCAGCCAACCACAGUUGAAGCCUGUUCAAAAAUUAAAGGAAAUAGAAUACCAGAACCUUAGAUUCCCCACAGACUUGUCGAAUCCAUAUGCUGUAGCUACUGUUUUGAAUCAGGAGCCAGGCAAAUUGAAGAUUAAGGACUUGAAAGAAGCCCUUUACCAAGGCAAUGAAGGGAUAAACACAAGACAAAUGAAGGAAGCUGCAUUUCAGCUAAAAGUCAAACAAAAUAUUCAGGAAGAGGAAGCAAAUCAUCUGAAGUGGCAAGUUCAUAAAGGCAAAGAUCCAGUCUCUGUGGAAUUAAAAAAAGUGAUUAUUGAAAACCGACAGAGGGAGGAAGAGCACUACAAGAUCCAAAGAGGAGAUCCGAUCAUAGUGCAGGAGUUUCAAAGGAAUGAAGUAGAAGUUUCUUGCAGACGUGUUAUGCGGCCUGUUGACCAGUAUCCAAGUGUCCAUCCCACAUUUGACUUGCUCUGUAAUGACCCUUGGGACAACAGAAACAGGAUGUUGAGGAAAUUCCAGCAAGCAGCAUACAAGAUUGUGACUCAAAUUCGGCUAAAUCGUGUACUGCUUCUGCUCCGUGGGCUAACAAGAGAAGCCAGAGGUUCGGAGGAAGGCUCUGUGUCUGAAAGCAGGAGUUCCAGCAGACCAGAGAAGAAUGAAGAAUGUAAGAGCUUUUCUUCCCGCAUGUCUGAAGAUCGUAUAUUGCCUUUUGAAUUCCCCUUUUACAGUUCCCAUGAACUGCACCGUGAUUUGGCACCUGAUGCUCUUGGCCUAGUUCCUAUCGAAUCUGUAGAUGUGAAAAUCAGACACGUUAUUCCUUUUUACGACUUGAAGGUUCCUCAGCAUUUCAGCAUUAUGAAGUAUCAGCCAUUUUGUACACACUAUGCAGCCACAAGUUACAAACCUCGAAAACUUUCUCGACCACUGAGGCAGGGAGCCCAGGAUGAGUUGAUUCAAAUAGUUGCUUCUCCUGAGGGGCAGCCUAACCUGGUCUCCCACAGCAUGGAUUUUCACAAACCAUCCCCGAAAGAAGUAGCAGAAAGGGAUAUCAGCCUCUUAAACCUGGUUCCUCCCCAAGCUUUGGUCAACCCUACAGAGAGCAACCCACUUCGCAUUUUUAACCCCACUCCAGGAUUAGUUCCACUUUUACCUCCUUUGGCCUAUUCUGAAACAAAUAUUGAAUAUCAUCUUUGUCCUCAUCCAAAAUAUACCGUUACCAAGGAAUGCCCCAAAGGAUCCAGUAUUCCAGUCACACAAAAGAAAUUUCUGCAUCACAGGGAAGUGAUUUGUGGAGUAAUGGAAUGGAGAAGGUUCUUACCGGUGGUGUUUUCCACUUUUUCUGACACUCCUUCAUUGACAAGUACAACACCUAAGGAUCCAUACAGUUUGGAUAUGCUUCCAAGAGAUGCACCACCAAUCCUGUAUGACUUGCCUGAGAGAGACAGGGAGAACAUAACUGACCAUGAGACAGAUGAAACUGAAUUCCAAAUGGUUCUUACUCCAGAGAUGGUGAGAGCUGAAUUUCCACAAAUUGAGCAGGCACUCUCAGAAAGCAAAGAGCAAUCAGCAAAAGAAGAAAGUGAUACAGUGAUGGAUGGUGCUUUUUCUGG